CCCCCCCCCCCCGGCCUGGGGCCUAGAUCCGCCACUGACCGCAAGGACCUCAUUGAUACGCUAGAAGGACUGGAGGAUUUAUUCAAAUAUGCAUCCAAGCACAUGGAAUUAAAAUCUGAUAAGUGGACUAAUCGAGAUGUUACAACAUGGAAAAGAGAAGAAUAUAUUAAGAGCAGUCUUCAAACGGAUGGGUCAUCUUGUGGUCUCUGGAUGUUAAAUUAUAUGGAGUACUUCACGGGAGAUAGUUUGUCCGACACUCUCGAACAGUCCAUGUCCCACUAUGCACGAAUCCCAAGUCAUCAUGACGGUAUGGACAUUGCUAUGUUGGCACAACUGUUUGAUAGCUGGCCUGACAGCAAUGAGUAUCAUAUCUCAGAAUGUGAUACGAUUUUUAUUGCCUUGUGAUAUUCUUGGGUUAUUUUUAUUGUUCGUCUUGGACCAACAUAAAAAGUUUGUUUCUAUUCUGGACCCGCUUUCAAUACCUACUUUCGGAAAGCAUAUAUUUGAAACUAUGGCCAAUGAUCUAAACCUUGCACUCCAAGCUGCAAACCCUGCCUUCAAGGACGACAUUUUAAUAUGGGGAUACAAAGUUCCUAAUGUUCCCACAAACUCAUACCGUCCCUUGUCUGGUUAUUUGGUUUUCAAUUUAAUGCACUCAUGGCACGAUGGGACGCUACAUUUUCCGGUACCCAAGGAUGAUUUUGAAUUGAGGAAGCGAUUUUUGGUUCAUAUUUUGAAGUAUGAAGAGAAUGAAGUUCUAAACAAUAUCCCAGUCUUAGAACGAACAAUUAUAGAUCGUAUCAAAAGAUGGACCUUCCAGAGAGGAUCAUCAUCAAAUAAUGAUUACUAGAUAAUGUUGCUUAGUUGUUAUUUUUAGUAUUUUUGUAAUAAGUUACAGUUACAAUAUAUUUAUGUGAUCAUUUAUUUCUAUGUGAAGACAUGUGUUUUGGUCG